GAGGAAAAUCUGUAUUUAUGGAUGAACCUGUCGAGUUUUGUAUUUCCCGCGAUUCGAAAUAAACGAAAUUUCAUCGAUGCGCACUGUAUUGUGUAAAUCGAUGCGCCUCGGCCGCGGGCUUUUAGCUACUUUUAGCCCACUCCAAUUUUUCUGCGUCCCGGUCUCGGUCUCGGUCCCGGUCCCGGUUUACGGGGCUUUUCGCCUCGUCGGAACGUCUCGAAACGUCACGAUGCAUGCUCUCGCCAGUCGUAAUUUCGGAUGAGCGUGCUUCGUCGUGAAAUAUCGCGUGUUGCCACUUGUAUUACGGCGUGACUACUCGGUGACCGUGGAUAUGAUCUCGUACUCUCGUCGCUCGAACGCUGGCCAGAGUCGAGUCGGACGAUUCGUGGGAAACUAACAUAACAUGCGACUCGUCCUAUCAACAACAAUCACCGAAAUUUCAUCGAAACCGGAGAUUUGCAUUCGGCAGUACGGGAAGCUGCUCGUGCGGUCUCUGUAAUCACGUUGAAUAAUGAGAAUCAACGCAACGAAGAUGAGCACUCCGAUCGAGGAGAAGAUUGAUCAGAAGCUGAAGGUGAGAACCGGGAUGGUGAGCGUUAGCGAUGGAAAAAGUAAACCUAUACCGAUGCGUUUGCAAUUAUCUAUGGAGGUUUUGAAACUUCAAAGAGAAGACUUGGAGCAGGCAGCGAAUCACAAUAAACCACCAUUGGAUGCUAAAGAGCGAAUGGUCCAAAUCACUAGACAAAAGGUUGGAGGAUUAGGAUUAAGUAUAAAGGGGGGAGCUGAACAUAAGCUUCCUGUACUUAUAUCUAGAAUUUAUAAAGGCCAAGCUGCCGAUCAAUGCGGCCAACUGUUUGUAGGAGAUGCAAUAAUUAAAGUGAACGGAGAAUACAUAACUGCAUGUAACCAUGAUGAUGCUGUAAACAUCUUAAGGAAUGCUGGUGACAUAGUUGUUUUAACAGUUAAACAUUAUCGAGCAGCCAAACCAUUUCUACAAAAAAAUGAAAAAGAAGAAAAAUUAGAUAACGUUGCAAACGGUGGCGCGGAAGACGACUGGCUUUCGUCUAACAGACAGGGUGGCAGUCCUAGGUGCGGUCACAGUCGACAAAGUUCAAAUGCAUCUGUUGCGUCGAUACAAUGUAAAAAAUGGGUGGAUGUUAUAACAGUUCCAUUAAUGAUGGCAUACGUGACAAGGUACAUCUUUGGAACCGAUAAAUUAAGAAGAAAUGCGUUUGAAGUAAGGGGAUUAAAUGGUGCUCGCACUGGUGUAAUUCACUGCGAUGACAGUGCUAUUCUUAGUCAAUGGUUGAAGUAUAUCACUGACAAUAUCACAGGCUUGACGCAUUUGCAGAUGAAAUUGUAUAAUCGGAAUUUUGGAGUGGGUGAACGUAUCGAAUACAUGGGUUGGGUGAAUGAAGCAGUAAGCAACAGUAAUCAGCCAUGGCAAAGUUACAGGCCAAGAUUUUUAGCUCUGAAGGGGCCCGAUUUGUUACUAUUUGAAACGCCACCCUGUAACAUUGGAGAUUGGUCGCGAUGCGCAUUAACGUUUAAAGUGUAUCAAACUAUGUUUCGUGUAAUGCGAGAAUCUGAAAAUGUAGACGAAAGACAGCAUUGUUUUCUAGCCCAAAGUCCGGGUAAACCUCCGCGAUAUCUCAGCGUCGAAACAAGACAAGAACUUUUAAGAGUUGAAGCAGCAUGGCACACUGCGGUUUGUUCAGCCGUUACACAUUUAAAAAGUAAAACGUUUCCCGUCACUUUUAACGGGAGAAGUGCUGGAUUAACGUUAGAAUGGACUCAAGGAUUCACGCUUUCUUACGAAGACAUUGGUGAUUCCGUAUGGCGUUAUAAAUUCUCUCAAUUAAGAGGAUCCAGCGAUGACGGAAAGAGCAGACUGAAAUUACACUUUCAAGAACCUGAUAGCAUAGCUAUCGAGACAAAGGAAUUGGAAUGUUCUCAACUACAGAAUUUACUGUUCUGUAUGCAUGCAUUUUUGACUGCAAAAGUUGCUGCAGUUGACCCAACCUUUUUAAAAUCAACAACUCCAUAAAGUUAAAAUGCAUUGCGGUGAGUUUUUAUAAAGUUUAAUGCUGUUAGCAAGAGCGAAAAUAGUUGAGAAUGCAAAUACAGGGAGGAAAUACUGUUUAUAGGCAUAUCCACUUGUUAGAUUUGCAAUAAAUAAACGUGUAAUAUCCGAUAACGUAUAAAUAAUACCAGAACAAACUAAUGCAUCCAGGAAGCAAUUGUAAUUGUGUGUUAUAUUUAUUAUUAAGCGAAGAAUAUGUUACGAUAUUCCAUAAUGACAUUGCUGUUUUCUAUUAUACGCAUACAUCGCAUGCAUUCUAUAGUUAAAUUUAGAUUAUUAUAAAGAACUGCACAAUUAUAUUGUAUAGGUAAAAUAAGCAAGAGAACGUGAAACUGAUCUGCAAAAGUUCAAUAUAAUGCUACGCAUAGAUAUUUAUUUGACAUUGACUACUUCUUUCUGAGAUUAAUUUUUAUAAUACAAUCAUUGGAGAAUCCAUUCAAGAGUUUAUAAUUUAUUAAGAGAUAUACUCGAAUAGAAAUACAUACGACAAAUUAUAAAUGUAUCUAAUACGUUAAAGUGAAAUUGUGAACGGAUCGAUAUUGCCAUAACUUUUUGUAUCGUUUGCUAUCGUACAAGAUUUUUUUACAGUAUAAUAAAUCUUUAACGUUAUAACGCUUUAAUGGAUUCUGUGGUGUAUCGAUAUUUAUUAUAUGGAUACUUUAAUUCAUUCUAUGUUACACGACAGUAUCAAUGUACAUAAGAAGAAAAUGGCCAUACAUUUCCUAAAUAUUAAGCUUUAAGUUUGAAACAACUGUUAUUCUAAAAUCCCAUUUCUCCCUAAUUCUCGCCGAAUGUCAGGGAAAUUUGUUUCGUGACGGUGUUAGAUUGACGUGGGAUUAAAGAAUUACUGUCUGGUAAAAGUAAAA